AUGUCCUCACCAACCCCUUCAGCCACAGCACAGCAGCAGCGCGAAGCUCGGGCCGCGGUUAUAGCAUCGCUCUCUUCAAUCGGUACGUCGGUUGAUGCCGACCUCCGCACGCGCACGGCGGAUCUGCACGCCAACUCAGCAGCGAUCGCCAGGCAAGAGAGGGAGCUUGCAAAGCAGACUGCAGUGCUGCAGAAGGAGGGAGACAAGUGGCAGAAGCUCGGCGAUACGAGCACGAAGAAGCUGAACGAGAUCGGAGACGUGCAGAACUGGGCGGAGAUGCUGGAGAGGGACUUGCUGGUGUUAGAGGAGACUGUCAGAUUGGUGGAUGAGGAGAGGGCAGGCGCUGGGCAGAGGAGAAGCAAGUAA